UUGAAACGUGUUUCUAUGACAACUUCGUCCGAGGAGCCAGCGUGCAGUUUAGUAGAUACGCGGCCUGAACCUCGUUAUAAAUAUAAGUAAACUAUUUUUUUAUCUUUACCUAAUAGAAUGUAAGGUUGUUAAUUUGGAGAGGUGGUCAGUAUAUACGAUUGCAAAACAACGGCGUUGUUUCCUGUAUUUCAAUUCAUGUACCAAAUUAACCUAGUCAAAAUAUGUAACCACUUAAUUAUGUUGCAACGUGUAAAUCUUUGUGAAUUUUACCAUGUAAUGAGCAAUGAUUCUGCCGUUUGUUUUUGUGCUGCUUUCGUCUUCGUGUUUCCUCUGCUUGUAAAAUAUGUGUUAUUUGUAUUAAUGCACCAAGUUUGUGCGCAAUUCCAGUCGGAUUGUUAGUUCACCCGCAGUUAUUUCCAUCGAGUUUCUGUUGUGAAGCGUCAAUGUAAGUGGACUGAAAUACAGAGGAGACGAGAAUAAUGACGGCAGUAUUGCCCCAGUGGUCUCUCUCACUUCCUCUUCCUGCAGUAUUAUUGAUUGCAGUGAGCAUUUAUAUGGUUCUCCUGGUGGUGGCACUGUGGUGCCGACAUUGUCUCAAGGCUCAGUGCUCGCCACAGUGCAACACCUGCUGCACCAGCACCAGCCCCUGUGAAUACUGUCUAGUGUGCGCCGAGACGUGUGAUUGCCGUCUGCCAUCGCUGCAUACGUGCCUCGACCAAACCUGCCCCUCCCCUUCAUGCUCCAUGUGGGACUGUGCCUGCACCUGCCAGCCCCCUGACUGUGACUCUAUCAACUGUCUCUGCUUUGAGAUCAAGUUCCGGUAGGACAGGACUAAGUCCACCUCCAGAGGCCCACAGGCAGCCAGAUCUGUUGGGUUGGAUUUACUGACCUCACUCUGCAACCUUGCUGUUCCCACAAGCAUCCUUAUGUCAAUUCCAAUAUCACCCUUCAGUUUCACCACAUUUUUCCAUCUCCAUCGGCAAACUUCACCAGUGGUAUGCCUGGACCUCAUCGUGCAAGACAACAGAGAAAUCCUCUGAAAAGUCCCCCAAAAUACUCUACACAUUUUACAGGUACACUUCAGGUAUACCUUAAGUUAUUUUUAUGAAAGAAGCUGAUUAAAAGUGAUUGACAUUAAUGUGUAGUUUCAGUGAUUUUUAUUUUUUUGUGAGUUCAGAGCCUUGUAACUCCUGCAUCCUUUUGAAUAUUUUUUUUGUUUCAAACCUGGUAAGGGCUAUUUUCUUUCCAAUCAAGUGGAAAAAAUUGUACACCUCCCCCCACAUGCCUAAAAACAGAAACUUGUAUAAUUUUGGAGGUCAGUGUUGUACAGCAGUACACAUGCAUGUGUAUUUUAUUAAAUGUUUGAUUUCUGUUUUUAUCAUGUUUCAAGAUAUGACAUGAAAUGUUUAAUUCAUCUCUAGCUUGUCAUUUUCAUGUAUUUGCCAUUAUUGUAA